CAUGGAUGGUCUGUAAUAGCGUCACCCAGGGCAAGCUCAACCUCCAGAUCCAACCUCGCUGUUCCAGUCUCCCAGCGACGCUACUCUCAGUCGCCGGCGGCGGCGCGAUCAAACUUCUCACCCGUUUUCACCUUUUUGCUCUACGAACUUUGCCUAUUUUUGUAAAUGUCCUUGAAGCAUUUUCUUGGUGACAUGAAGACUGAGGUUUUAUUGGAACUUCUGGACAGCAUUUCUUCUUUUUCAGGUCUGAAGUAAAACCCUCCUUCUUACAUAAUCAAAUUUCUACACCCUCUUGACUCCUUGAUCUUACUCGAAAGAUUUCACUGAAUCAAUCUGGGAAAAUGACAGAAAUAUUCAGCUACACUGCUUGCAGACAAUUAUCACAAAUGUUCUUUGCAGUACUCUUCUUUCAUGGUUCCGAAUACCUUUUAGCAAUCAUAUUUCAUGGGAAAUCCAAUGUAACUCUUAAAUCUCUCUUGAUCAGCCAACAGUAUGUCUUGGCAAUGAUCUUCUCUGUGCUAGAAUAUUUACUCGAACUUUACUUUUUCCCCGAGUUGAAAGAGAAUUGGUGGAUUAGCAAUUUGGGACUUCUGAUGGUUGUUGUUGGGGAAAUCAUAAGGAAACUCGCUAUUAUAACUGCUGGACGAGCUUUUACUCAUCUUAUUCAAAGACAUCAUGAUGAACGUCAUAAAUUGAUAACGCACGGAGUUUAUAGCAUUGUUCGCCAUCCAGGGUACACCGGCUUCUUGAUCUGGUCAGUUGGCACUCAAAUAAUGUUGUGUAACCCUGUGGCGACCUUUGCGUUUACAUUAGUCGUUUGGAACUUCUUUCAUAGAAGAAUACCAUACGAGGAGUAUUUCUUGAGACAGUUCUUUGGGUCGGAGUACGAUGAAUUUGCUAAGCAGGUCCCUUCUGGGAUUCCGUUCGUGAAGUGAUGAACCAACAUACUACCAAUAGGAUCUUUCUUGACUAAAGUUCUAACCUUUCUACCGUUGCACGUUGAAGCUCCGGAUCCACUUUCUGCUUUCGGUUUUCAACCUGUAAGUUGUUUUUGUUGUAAAUUUGUGUCUGGGAGUCUUUCAUAUGACUAAUAGAAUUUGCAAUUUGGAUUUACACAGUAGAAGAUAAGUUGUUUGUGGGAUCUUGAUAUUGAUACUGAAUUUGAGAACUGUUGCUCUUGUUGUUUA